UGGUAGCUCUUGGGCGGCACGGGAAAGUAGCUAUGGCGGCGGUGGAUUCGGAUGUCGAAUCGCUGCCUCGUGGGGGUUUCCGCUGCUGCCUUUGCCAAGUUACUACAGCCAACCGACCCAGCCUAGAUGCCCACUUGGGCGGCAGGAAACACCGGCAUUUGGUAGAGCUACGAGCUGCCAGAAAGGCCCAAGGACUUCGGAGCGUGUUUGUCAGUGGUUUUCCCAGGGAUGUGGAUUCUGCUCAGCUCUCUGAGUACUUCCAAUCAUUUGGACCUGUGGCCAGUGUUGUCAUGGACAAAGACAAGGUAGAGUAGUGAAUGACUCUGAGAGUAAAGAGUGAGUCAGGUAUUCUGUAUAUUAAAAGAGAUAAGAAAAACCAGCAGCCUGUUUUGGCUGGUUCCUGAAGUCAUUGGUAGACCCCACAGAACUUGGCAUAGCCCAGCUUUGUGAGCUUAGUCGUCAGAGGACUUAUUUGUCAAAGAUUCAGUGA